UAACAAAAAAAUCCACAGUUCACUCCCAGAAAGAGGAGAGAGAGAAAAACCCUAACUCUGAUUUCAACUUAAUCGUCCAGAGAGAGAGAGAGAGAAGAAGAAGAAGAAGAAGAAGAAGAUGUCGUCGACGUUGCUGGAGGUGACUCGGUCGGCUCACGAGGAGGUUGAGCGUUUGGAGAGGCUGAUAGUGAAGGACCUUCAGAACGAGCCCACUUCCAACAAGGACCGUCUCUUUCAGAGCCACCGCGUUCGCAACAUGAUCGAUAACAUUAUCUCCACCACCGAUAAACUCGUUGAGAUUUAUGAAGAUAAAGAUAAUGCCAGGAAAGACGAGAUUGCAGCUCUUGGAGGCCAAACCGCGGCGGGGACAAAUGUGUUUAGUGCAUUUUAUGAUAGAUUGAAAGAGAUUCGUGAAUACCAUAGAAGGCAUCCAGCUGCACGUGUUGUUGAUGCUAAUGAGGAGUUUGAGGGACUACUUAAAGAGGAACCGCAAAUUGAGUUCAGCGGAGAGGAAGCUAUGGGGCGAUACCUAGACUUGCAUGAAUUAUUUAAUCAGUUCAUUAAUUCUAAAUUUGGAGACCCUUCUACCGAGUACUCUACUUACCUAGAUGUUUUUUCACAACCACAUAAGAUUCCCCACAAACUGAAAUUAACAAGGCAAUACAAGGAAUACAUGGAGAAUCUAUUGGAGUAUCUAAUAUAUUUUUUCCAGCGGACAGAGCCCUUGCAAGAUCUUGAUAGAAUAUUCUCAAAGGUCGAGACUGAAUUUGAAGACCAAUGGGCAAAUAAUGCGAUAGAAGGAUGGGAGAACAUGGGUCAAGAAAAUGGAUAUGUUCCUGCUCAGCACACUGUAAUUGAUCUUGAUUAUUACAGCACAGUUGAGGAGUUGGUGGAAGUUGGUCCUGAAAAGUUAAAGGAGGCAUUGGCUGCAUUAGGACUAAAGACGGGUGGCACUGUUCAGCAGCGUGCAGAAAGGCUUUUCCUUACAAAAAACACACCACUGGAGAAGUUGGACAAGAAACAUUUUGCCAAAGGUUCACGUGUGUUUCAACAAAAUGGGACUGCUGCAGCUCUGCAACAAGACGAGAAUUCAAAAGAAAUUGCCCUAAUGGAAGCCAAAAUGCAAAAAUUGUGUGACUUACUGGAUGAGACAAUUGCACGAACAAGAGACAAUAUUGUGAAGAAGCAGGCUUUGACAUAUGAGGAAAUUGAAGCAGAACGUGAGGAGGAGGAAACACAAGCUGACACUGAAAGUGAUGAAGACGACCAGCAAAUUUACAAUCCCCUUAAGUUGCCAAUGGGUUGGGAUGGGAAGCCUAUACCAUAUUGGCUGUAUAAGCUGCAUGGUCUUGGUCAGGAAUUUAAGUGCGAGAUAUGUGGGAACUACAGUUACUGGGGUCGUAGGGCUUUUGAACGGCAUUUCAAGGAAUGGCGCCAUCAACAUGGGAUGCGCUGCCUUGGUAUUCCAAACACCAAGAACUUCAAUGAAAUCACAUCAAUUGAGGAAGCAAAAGACCUGUGGAAGAAAAUACAAGAACGUCAAGGAGUGAACAAGUGGCGCCCAGAUCUUGAAGAAGAAUACGAAGACAAAGAGGGAAAUAUUUACAAUAAGAAGACAUAUACGGAUUUGCAGCGCCAGGGAUUGAUUUGAGAAAAGAGAAAUUCGUUUUGUAUUUUUUGUACGGCUUAGAGGAAAAUACUCUUCCCGCAGGAUUGUAUUGUAAUUUAAACUUAAUGAAGACGCCCUUCUCUUUGAUGGUGAUUUGUUCGUUUCUGAUUCUUCUACUUAUAGACAAAAUAAUCCUUUUUCCCAGCAUCUUCAUGACUACUCGCACUGAUGAACACUUUAAUUGUGAAAUAUAUAUUACUCUUGAUCGACA